GCGGGGCGGCGGGUUCCGGUGGCUAUAGUCGUUCCGCACGCGUUCCACUUCUGUCUCUGCCGCUGACUGAUCCCCUGCUGCUCGCAGUUGCUGUAUUGCUAGGAUGUCGCUUUCUAACAAACUGACUCUGGACAAGCUGGACGUGAAGGGGAAGCGGGUCGUUAUGAGAGUGGACUUCAAUGUUCCUAUGAAGAACAAUCAGAUAACAAAUAACCAGAGGAUUAAGGCUGCCAUCCCAAGUAUCAAAUUCUGCUUGGACAAUGGAGCCAAGUCAGUUGUUCUUAUGAGCCACUUGGGCCGCCCUGAUGGUGUUCCCAUGCCUGACAAGUACUCCUUGGAGCCAGUUGCUGCAGAACUCAAAUCUCUGCUGGGCAAGGAUGUUUUGUUCUUGAAGGACUGUGUAGGCCCCGAAGUGGAGAAAGCUUGUGCUGACCCAGCUGCUGGGUCUGUCAUCCUGCUGGAGAACCUUCGCUUUCAUGUGGAAGAAGAAGGGAAGGGAAAAGAUUCUUCUGGGAACAAGGUUAAAGCUGAGCCAGCUAAAAUAGAAGCCUUCCGAGCUUCACUUUCCAAAUUAGGGGAUGUCUAUGUCAAUGAUGCUUUUGGCACUGCUCAUCGAGCCCACAGCUCCAUGGUAGGAGUUAGUCUGCCACAGAAAGCUGGAGGUUUUUUGAUGAAGAAGGAACUGAACUACUUUGCCAAAGCCUUGGAAAACCCAGAGCGACCCUUCCUGGCCAUCCUGGGCGGAGCAAAAGUUGCAGACAAGAUCCAACUGAUCAAUAACAUGCUGGACAAAGUCAAUGAGAUGAUUAUUGGUGGUGGAAUGGCUUUUACCUUCCUUAAGGUGCUCAACAACAUGGAGAUUGGUACUUCUCUGUUUGAUGAAGAGGGAGCCAAGAUUGUUAAAGACCUGAUGUCCAAAGCUGAGAAGAAUGGUGUGAAGAUUACCUUGCCUGUUGACUUUGUUACUGCUGACAAGUUUGAUGAGAAUGCCAAGACUGGCCAAGCCACUGUAGCUUCUGGCAUACUUGCUGGCUGGAUGGGCUUGGACUGUGGUCCUGAGAGCAGCAAGAAGUACGCUGAGGCUGUCGCCAGGGCUAAGCAGAUUGUGUGGAAUGGACCUGUGGGCGUAUUUGAAUGGGAAGCUUUUGCCCGAGGGACCAAAGCCCUCAUGGAUGAAGUGGUGAAAGCCACUUCUAGGGGCUGCAUCACCAUCAUAGGUGGUGGAGACACUGCCACUUGCUGUGCCAAAUGGAAUACAGAAGAUAAAGUCAGCCAUGUGAGCACUGGGGGUGGUGCCAGUUUAGAGCUCCUGGAAGGUAAAGUCCUUCCUGGGGUGGAUGCUCUCAGCAAUGUUUAGUACUUUCUGCCUUUUGGUUCCUGUGCACAUCCUGUGAGUCAAUUUAGCGCUUUCCACAUCUCCACUUGGUAUUAGCUAAAAUCUUCCCCCAUGUCAGGAUUCAGCUAGUGGCCAAGAGAUGCAGCAUUAGGAACCCUUAAGCAGUUGCACAGCAUCUCAGCUCAUCUUUACUGCACCCUGGAUUUGCCUACAUUCUUCAAGAUGCCAUUUGAAUUUCUUAGUAACUAAACCAUUGUGCAUUCAAGAGUGCAUGUAUUUAUAUUUUGCCUGUUAAAAGAAAGUGAGCUGUUAGCUUAGUUCUCUUUUUAGAAUAGCUUAUUCUGGCUAGCUUUGUCAUUGUUUCACUACUCAGCAUGGAAACAAGAUGAAAUUCAAAUUGUAGGGAGAGAGGGAGAUGAAGUUCGUGAUCUAUUAAAUAAAUAAUAAAAGUAUCCAUUGAAACUGGGA